GGAUGAGAUAUUUUGAACACUGAUAUGUAUACCUUUGGAAUACUCCACCAAAAUCCAAGUACUGUAAGAUAUUUCCAGAACCAAAUCCUUUGUGCAGUUCAGUUAAGGUAGGAAGAACAACAAUGGUGCACUCUCACCACCAUCUUCUUCUCUUCUCUACAUUUCCUUUCUCUCUCACCACUCAUCCUAACCACCAUUUAUCACCGUCUCUUCACUUCCUCCACCGAUCAUCCACUCCAACAUCUACCGUUUCAGCCAUUCCUUCCGCCGCAUGGCUUUCAGAUCUCACACCACAAGACUUUGGUCCCAUUCAACUCCCUUCUUCUCUUCCCUUCUCAGAUGAUCCUUCCACCGUUCAGGUUGCUUCCACCGUGCUUCUCACCGGAGCCCUCACCGUCUUCCUCUUUCGCACCGUCCAGCGCCGGAUUAAACGUGCCAAACAAUUGAGAUUUAGGUCUUCGGGAGCAGAGAAAUCUUUGGAAAGGUUGAAAAGAAUGAAAUCAAGUUCCAUCAAAGUUAAGAAUCGAGCUUCAGCUGAUCAAGCAUUGUUAGGAGCAGUGAUAGCAGGUGCCAUUGCUGUUGUUCUCUAUAGGUUCACCACUUCAAUUGAAGCUUCUCUCAGUCGCCAAAUGCUUUCAGAUCAUUUUUCGGUUCGCCAGAUAACAAUCACCCUAAGGACAAUAAUAAAUGGGUUGUGCUACCUGGCUACAUUUGUGUACGGCAUAAACUCUGUGGGUCUGUUUCUUUAUUCUGGGCAGCUUGCGAUGGAGACGAUGGUGGGAAAUGAAACUCAAAGAAAAAUCAUUCAGCAACAACCACUUGAGAAUAACACAGAGGAAGAUCAAACUUCAAACAAUUCCCUCUAAAACUGCAGAAAUCAUCAAUCCCACUCUCAUAAUCUUUAUGCAAUCUUCCUUUUCAUCAUAGGAGAAAUAUAUAUGUAUAUAUGAUUCAUAUGAUAGUAAUACUCACUGUAUUCACCUAAACUGUGUAUAAUUUAAAAUGUCAUGUUUUUAGUUUUA